GAGAGAGAGGGAGGGGUGAGUUCUCCACAGCCGGAGAGUAACGCGCACACACGAAAGAGGUUCACAUUAAUGGUGUGUAAAGCGUAGAAACUCGGUCAAAGAAGUCGAUUCACUGUCUGCACUGACACGGGAUCCCAAGCGGGCUGCAUUGCUGGGAGUAAACAUGGCUCGGCGUGAUCGUUUGCACUUGUCAGGGGAUUUCUCUCUCUUAUUGAUCGCUUUAUUCGCCACAGUACGGAUUAGCGGUGCGUUUAAUUUAGAUGUGCAAUUCCCGGUGAUCAAAGACGGAAAAACGGAAGGCAGUUUCUUUGGAUUAUCUGUGGCGCUCCACAGGCAGACGAAAGGAGGGAGCAGAUACCUCCUCCUCACUGGAGCUCCGAAGGAGAAGGCCCUGCCCCAGCUCCCAGCGAACGAGACGGGGGCGGUCUACUCCUGCCCCAUCAACCUGGACCCCACCGACUGCACCCGCAUGGACCUGGUCACCUCAGUGAACGCCGAUGAGGUCGUUGAGGGCAUGUGGCUCGGCGUGACGGUGGCCCGGCAGAAGGACCGGUGGGGAGGGAGAGUGCUGGCCUGCGGACACCGCUACAUCCGGAUCCGGGGCCCCGAGCUCUCCCUGUGGCGGAUGAUCGGGAAGUGCUACGUGCGCGGGAACGACCUGACCUACGACCCCCUGGACUACUGGCAGAACUUCCCGUACGAGAACUGCGCCCCGGACGAGGACCAGAACCGGGAGGGGCUGUGCAACAUGGGCAUCUCCGGGGGCAUCACCCGCACCGACGUGUACGUGGGCACGCCCGGGAGCUUCAACUGGCAAGGCAACGUCCACGUGACAUGGAGGGGCGCUACUCCCGAUACCUCCUGGGACUCCAGGACCCAGGACUUUGAUGAUUUACAAUCCAAGAGUUUCGCCUACAUGGGUUACUCUGUCACCGAGGAGAAGAAACUCCUCAACCAGAGUGAAUACACGCUAGUGACGGGGGCUCCCAGGGACAGCAACAGGGGCUCUGUCACUUUGGCCAAGAUCGAGUACAGCUCUCUGACCCCCGUGCAAGUCCUCUACGGGGACCAGGUUGGGUCCUACUUCGGAAACAGCAUCGCCACUGUUGACCUUAACAGCGACGGGUGGAACGAUCUGCUUGUGGGCGCUCCGUUCUAUUUUGACCGGAGGGACGAGAGGGGCGGAGCGGUGUACGUCUACAUGAACGAGAACGGAUCCUUCCGGAACGAGACGAGCGUCGCUCUCUUCGGCUUUGCCGGCUCGGGGUUCGGGAUGAGCGUGGCCGCCAUCGGGGACCUGAACCAGGACGGCUUCCAGGAUUUCGCCGUGGGGGCCCCGUAUGACGGGACGGGGAAGGUUUUCAUCUGGAUGGGGGGACCGGAGGGCAUCACGAAGGAGCACAGUCAGGUGGUCGAGGGGAAGGAUGUCGGGCAGGGCGGGUUCCACACGUUCGGCUACUCCAUUAACGGGGGCAUGGACGUGGACCACAACAAGUACCCCGACGUCCUGGUGGGCUCCCUGGACAACCGGAUCGCUCUGCUGAGGGCCCGUCCUGUCGUCCAUCUCAAUAAAACCUUCAUUGUGGAGCCGCUUCUCGUGGACCCCAGCCAAUGUUCCGGCGACUCAUGUGUGACAGUGAAGGUCUGCUUCUCCUACGCUCUCAGCAACGGAGACCCGGAAUUCAAAGGCAACAUCACCGUCAGGUACACCGUGGAGGCCGACAGCGCCCGGCGCAGCUCCCGCCUGCGUUUCCUUGGCAACCGGCAGAACGAGCUGACGGACUUCCUGUCCAUGCCCUCCGGCCGGUGCAGGGAGCACACGCUCACACUGGUGGAGCCCCUGCUGGACAAGCUGCAGCCCGUGGUCUUCUCCCUCAGCGUGUCCCUGUACGAGCAGAAGCCCAGGGCCCAGUCCAGGCUCCAGAACCUGGACGCCUUCCCCAUCCUGGACCCAAAGCAGGAGGUCGUGGGCAAAACUGAGAUUAACUUCCUGAAGGAGUGCGGCUCGGAUAACCGCUGCAGCAGUAACCUGCAGCUGGAGGCAACCUUCACCAACGAGCAGGAGGUCCCCUUCCCCAGUGAAGGAGGCCACCAGGUGAUGCAGUCUAACAGCAGUGUGAGGAAUUUGCUGCUGUUGGUGGAUGUGACAAACCUGGCGGCGCCCGGGAGACUGGCUGAGGACGCACACCAGGCCGAGCUGAACAUCACCAUCCCCCCCGCCCUGAGCUACGCUCGGGCGCGCCCCUUGGACAUAUGCCAUCUAGCUGAGGACAGUACACACGUGUUGUGUAAACUGGGGAACCCCUUCGAAGGCAACCACAAGGCCAAAAUCGAAAUAAGAUUUCAGACGUCCGGGGUUAGUAUAUACACUCAUAAGAUCGAGUGUACCCUGCAGCUGACCACGAUAAGUGAGCAGAGCGAUCUGGACCCAAAACACAUCGACCUGCUGGUGGAGUACACGCUCCAGACAACAUUCUCUGUAGCGCCCCACUCCAUGAACGUUGAGUUCAGCGGGACGGUGAUGGGCGAAUCCGCCAUGAAGACCUUCCAGGACAUCGGGAGCCCCGUGGAGUACACCUUCAUGGUGAACAUGGAGGGUGUGCCCCUGGGAACCCUGGGUAAUCUGGUGUUGGAGUUCCUCUGGCCCUAUGAGGUCGCCAGCGGAAAAUGGCUGCUGUACCUGACUGAGAUCCUGACCAAUGGGGUGUCCGGCUCACACUGCAUCCCCCCUGAGGAUUAUGUCAACCCGUUAAAGCUGAACGCGUCAGCGCCCAGCGCGCGGAGGAGGAGGGAGCUGGACGGCACGGAGCCGGAGCAGACCGAGCCCCAGGCCACCAUUACCCUACGCACACCACAGAAGAAGAACGUCCUCCUGGACUGUGCCCUCGGAGCCAAUGUGAACUGUAAGAGGUUCUCCUGCCCUCUGCUGAACAUGAACAACUCCGCCACGGUGAAGGUCCGGGGACGUCUGUGGAACGGCACCAUGCUGGAGGACUACAAGGACGACCACAUCACGGUGAAAGGCCUGGCCUCCCUGAAGCUGGUCACCAGCCGACCUGCCCUCAAGAUGGAGACGGUGACCAGAGAGUUUGUGGUGAACAUUGACCCGAAGUUCACGGAGCAGCAGCAGUACCAGGCCCCGCUCUGGAUCAUCAUCGUGUCCGCCCUGGGGGGCGUCCUGCUGCUGGGAUUCAUAAUCCUGCUGCUGUGGAAGUGCGGGUUCUUCCAGAGGGCCAACAGGCGGGAGAUGUACGAGGCCAAGGCGCAGACGGCCCAGAUGAAGAUCCAGCCCUCAGAGAACCAGAAGCUGGAGGAGGAGUUCUAGGAGAGGGUGGGGCCCCUGGGGGCCCCAAUGGCCCUCUGCACACAGGUUCCUGGUGUGGCUUCUUCAAGCGGGCGCUGUACUACCGGAUAAUGCCCAAGUACCACGGUGUGAAGAUCCGCAAGGAGGACCGGCACCCGCUGGGCCCGGGGCUCCGGAGCGAGAGCCACAGCAGGAAACACUGGGUCACCACCUGGACCGAGCUGCACCAGCAUUACUACUGAGCCCCGCCCUGCCCCGCCCCCACGGCCCUGUGGGGCGCGCCGAUUGGACGACCGCCGUCUGCCCCGCCCACAGUGGGGUGGGGCCACUCAAGUUUUUCCGACAUCUCUGUGAGAACUUUACCAACCAUAUUCCGUGCAUUAUAUUUGAUUCAUUAUAUUAUAUUCUUUACUUCUUUUCUUCUUUAAAAAAAAAAAAAAAAAAUCUUGUCAUCAAAAUGUUUUGCUUUUGGUGCAAUAUUGUUUCUGCUGUUCUAUUCUAAAUGGAUAGUGGAAGUUCAUUGAAUGUACAUUGGUCUUUUUUUGUUUUGUUUUUUUAGCACUAGAAGUGCUAUGUUUUUUUGCUGUCAAAAUAAUCUACAUUCCAAGUGUGUUUUAUCAUGCAGUGCAUUCUGCUAAAUGCUUGUUCUUGGCUUGACUGUGACUUGAUUUCCUGGAUUUGCAAUAUGCUAGUGACAUUAGCUGUCAUAACAAUUUGCCUGUGUGAUUAUGUGAGUUUGUGAUAACUUGUCUCGGAUCCUAACAUUUCUUCAGUAAGGAGUCUUAUUCUGUAGUGACUGACUGACCCCUGGUGGUCACGCCAGGAAAUCCUCAAACCAGAGAAGGACUGAAAACCCCCUGUCACCCCCCCACUGUCCCCAAUCUAAAACAUUAUAGAUGGUAAUGUUGUUGUACAGGUUGUAGUAGUGGCACAUUUUGAUCUGGUCAAGGUUCAAGGUUUGAUUGCUUAAUGCAAUAGUUAGAAAAGUAGAAUUUGCUCUGUGUGGUGUAUUUGUGCUCCUGCGCGGUUCUGUGCUAUUAGUGGAUGGAACGGGCGUAGGACAGUAGGUGUGUACACCUGGGUGGGUUUACCUCCACUGGACAAGCCCUCCUGAAGAAGUGUGCUUCUGCUUAACUGACCUGGUAAUUCAGUCGAGCUGUGUGUGUGUGUGUGUGUGUGUGUGUGUGUGUGUGUGUGUGUGCGUGUGUGUGCGCGCGCGCCCUUAACACAGAACGGAAUAUUGUCUGAUUUCAGCCGGUUUUGUCCGGUUUCAUUUCACUUGUCUGAACAUUUCAUUUGAAUCACGGCUGCUGUCUGACGCUGUGCGAUGUUGCCAUGGGGACCGACGUGCUCUUCAACUGUGCGCAUCUAUAUUUUCAUGACCCGAUUUUCUGGAAAGAAAUGUUUUACACUGAUCGAAACUGAGCAGGCUAAUUGACAUGUAAUAUAAUAUUACAGUUUUUAAAUAUCAGGCUGUAUGUGGACGAUGAGAAUAAUGGGAAUUAAUACGUGCUAGUCUUGCAGUCUUUAAUGUACCGUGUAUGCUGUUGUCGUCUCAGAAGUCAAUAACCUUCCACAUAGACUGAGGGCGAGCGAAGAACGCAGUUCCUACUGGCACCGCUGUUCAUCGAGUGUCACCUAGUGGUCAAAAAGUAUUUCACAACCAAAGCUGAUUUCAGUACUUUAUUACUGUGUGUAUAUAUGAGUAAGUAAUCAUAGAAAUUGGGGGACAUAUCAUUACUACUGAAGCUGGAUGUUUGAGGAGACCAGGUCUGUGCGGAUUGGUUGAUGGGAAUCUCCCAAAGUCCAAUAAAAGUUACACAGUGUCUUACGGGCACAGUGUGGUGGCUGUGGUACUCGCACAAGUCGGAUUCACUCGCGGGUUCAUGGGACAGUCUUCCAAGAAUGGAGCAGUCCUGUAUCAAUUUACCACCCAAAUGAAGAUUGCAGCGCUGCAAAACACCCUGACCUCCCCUGUAUUUCAGCUCCCUAAACCAACCAUCUCGUUUUGUCCAGUCCCAGGAAAGAGCCUUUUGAAAUUGGGAAAUUGAACAAUGCAUUGCUCUUUGGUGAUUUUAUUAGCCUUUAUAGUAGAUGAUACAUUGUCGUCCGCUUGGUGCGUGGUCUGCUGUGAUUGUUAGCGUGGCGGAGAAGUAGUCUCCCGAUCAGCGGGGCACAUUUUAGCUGAAGGGAGCUCUGCGCUACCGUGGGACGCCUCGCAGCCCGGAGACCAUCGCCACCUGGUGGACAGAACCUCCCACAGCCGUUCUGCAGCAACAGUGCCUGUGCGGUGAAUUAAAUGACCAUUUUAGCUUUCACAUCUUCUUCACGCGAGCCUUUACAUAUCAUAACAAAGGCCUGUUCUAUGUUUUUAAUUUAAAAAACCUUUUUUUCUUUUUUUCUAGAUAACUUUAUAUAAUGCUAGCUUUAAAAAAAUGAAAAUAAAAAAUGACGCAAAGCUUAUUCAAAUGCAUGAUUUACAAAAAGCAACAGUAAUCAUUUUCCAAAUUUCAAUAAUAUAUUUUAAAAUGAUUACCUCUGCAAGCAUAUUAAAAGUCAUCAUUCAUGGAUAAAUAUUUUGAGACACUGAAAUACACUGAAAGAGAAAUAUUGAGGCACCACGCCUCAUAAUCUGUGAAUAUUCGAGCUCCCUUUAUCUAAGAUGUUGCAAUAAGUGCCAGGUACUGUUAUUUUAGUGGUGGAUGGGGCCAAAUGUCUGUCUAGGGAAUUUUUUUUUGUGUUUGUAUGUAUUUAAGCACAUGAUGACUUUGUAAAAAUGCAGGCAUUGUUUCUUUUUGUACUGAACUAUCUCAAUGUUAUUAAAGUAUUUUUAAAUAA